UAAAUAUAAAGGACCAACCUUUACCGUGUCUGUUUUCUCACCACAGCAGCAGAAGAAGCAGAAGGCAGCAAUCAAACCCUAAAACUGCUUGCUGUUCUCUAAACAUGGCCGUCGGGAAGAACAAGAGGAUUUCAAAGGGAAAGAAAGGGGGCAAGAAGAAAGCAGCUGAUCCAUUUUCAAAGAAGGAUUGGUAUGUUGUGAAGGCACCAUCUGGCUUCACUGUCAAAGAUAUUGGCAGAACCCUUGUCACCAGAACACAAGGAACUAAGAUUGCUUCCGAGGGGUUGAAACAUCGAGUUUUUGAAGUAUCUCUUGCUGAUCUUCAAAAUGAUGAGGAUCAUGCCUUCAGGAAGAUCCGCCUCAGAGCUGAGGAUGUGCAAGGGAGGAAUGUGCUGACAAACUUUUGGGGAAUGAGCUUCACAACUGACAAGCUGAGGUCUCUGGUUCGAAAGUGGCAAACACUGAUUGAAGCCCAUGUGGAUGUCAAGACCACUGAUAAUUACACCCUCAGGAUGUUCUGCAUUGCAUUCACCAAGCGGCGUCCAAACCAGGUCAAGCGAACAUGCUAUGCCCAAAGCAGUCAAAUUCGUCAGAUUCGGAGGAAGAUGAGGGAAAUUAUGGUUAACCAGGCUUCAUCCUGUGACUUGAAAGAUUUGGUGCAAAAGUUCAUCCCUGAGGUGAUUGGUAAGGAGAUUGAAAAGGCAACAACUGGCAUAUACCCUUUACAGAAUGUCUUCAUCCGAAAAGUCAAGAUUUUGAAGGCCCCCAAAUUUGAUCUUGGAAAAUUGAUGGAGGUUCAUGGUGACUACUCACAGGAUAUUGGUGUGAAGAUUGACAGACCUGCUGAUGAAACAAUGGCCGAAGGGGAGACUGAAGUUGUUGGAGCUUGAGUUCUUUUGGAUUAGGAUAGUCACUACUUGCUUAGUAGCAUUUCAAGUAGAAAUUAUAUAUUGAUGAAAUUUUGUUCUUUUCAAAACUGUGUCCCCUAUUUUGUACCUGGAUCUGAGGUUUCUUGAUAUAUACUCGCUCUCCUUAUUUAAAGUUUGCUCUUUGCUGAUGUAGGAUAUUUCUUCAGUGAUAAAAUGGUUGAAGUAACUGGCUU